GCACGUGAUGUGAUUCAAAGCACUAUCGACCGGUAGCGCAUGCGAUCCAGACAUAAACGGAUGACUUCUGCAGAGAAGUUAAGGUUUAGAAACAUGCUGGAUUAAAAUCGAAAUCGAAACAUGUAAAAAGAUGGAGGAGGAUUGCAGCCUAGCCAAAAUAAGGCCUGCUUGCUCUCCGGUUGAUGAAACGACUUCAGGAACAAAUUCUUAUUUGAUAAACCGAGACCUGAAACAGGCCAUUCGCGCUCUACAUGAGGCUUACCGCUCCCAAAUCACUGAAGUUGUCGAACCACGAACCACAGGGGACGAUCCCGGGAGAUUAAUACACCUCAUGGGUGAUUUAAUCAACAAAGUGAUACCACUGAGGCCAGUUAAUACUUCGGGCUGCACGGGAAGUAGUCAAGCACAUAGAAAACCGAAUCACAGUUUUCAGCCUCCGUCGUAUCGUGUAAGACCAAGAAUGGUGAAAGAAAAUGAUCGAAAUUUGCACCGGGCCGAAAGAGAUACUGUGUCUUCUUUCGGCCUCAUACGAAGUCGUAUGUCUGAGUGGGUGAACAAGUUGUUUCCCGGGAGUAAACGGCUACAAAAGAGUCGUUUCUCGGACAAGAAGAAGUCGACGUGGCCAAACCUGAUUAAUGACCAGGCAGCGGUUAAAAGUGCAAGGAAUUGUAACAUAACAAAUCAUCAUAAUGUCCGAGGGCGGCUUUAUGAAUCCAACGAUGUAAGAAGGGCCAGGUUGAGUAGACAAAUGCGAAUGGCACAUUCCAGCUACAUGCAUCACGAGUGGGAAGAAAUUCCCGAAACAGUGUUAGGGGAAAAUGAAAACUUUGGCAAAUCUAAGCGGAAGAAGCAUCAACCAGAUGAAACCGGUAGAGAAUCCAGUUUAAAAACCGCACCGACAGAAAACAAAGGGCAAGAAGAAGAAAGUAGGGGUGCGGAGAAAGGAAACAGGAAACGAAAAAGUGCAGUGAGGAAACUGCUUGACCUUACUGCAAAUUCUGAAGCGGGUGCUCUUAAAAAGGAAGAUACUGGAGAUAUGCGUGAGUUGCUUUGGAGACCCCGUCGUGCUAGUAGUAGAAGAACAUCGGAAGCUAAAAUUGAUCCCCUGGGUGCAUUGGCAGAUGUUGAGAGUGGAAAUGAUGGCGGUGGCAAGCCCAAAAUUAAGCAAAAAGAGCGUGAAAGCAUUUCCUUGAAGUCGGAAUUAGGAAUCCGUGAUUUAGAAAGGGAUAAGCAAAGCGAAGCAACAAUAGUUCCUCGGAGCACCAAAAAAGAAAAGGACAAGAAGGUCAAAGACAGCCAUUUGAAACAAGAGGAAGAAAUACAAUCGGUGAAGUUGGACACCGGAAAUCUCGACAAAAAGUUAGAGCACACAUCGCGGAAGCACAAGUCCACGGAGAAGCGCAAAGAACUUAGAAUGACGAGAAAACCAUCGGCAGAGGAAGACCUGGUGAAUGCUGAACAGAAUCCUGUCGAUCAGUACCAAGAAGACUGGAAAAACAAAGAGGUACACCAAAGACGUCAUCUUGGGCGUCGUCGGUCACGUUCCCGAGGAAGUAGAGCAGACAGCCCACAUAUUGAGCGUGAGUAUGAAAGACGAACCUCAGAGAAAGAGCAACAUAGACAUGUGGAACGAGACAACUCGCUUGCAAGUAGCACUCCAUCCAAACGGCAUCACGGGGACCUCUCACGUGAAUCCUCCACACACGACAGAACACAAAUUAGAAAAAAUGAACGUGUUGGCCAUACAACAAAGGCGGAUGGGAAUGAUGAUACGAGUCUUGAUGAUCGAUGUAGUGACUACUGUUCCUGUGGCAGUACAAGAUCGUCCAGAAGUAGAGACAAAUGUUAUCGUAGACAUGGACGAAGUAGUUCUGACGUUAAUACCAGAAGUCGGCGUCUGUGCGACCGAGAGAUGCGCAACCAUGACCGCCAUCGAAGGCGUCAAAAGGCGCGAUCAAUGCCUUCACGUUUAUGUGGAAAAUAUGGUUCAGAUGACAUUGAUGAGUGCACCUGUGACAGUGGAUCUGUAAGACACAUCUCUGUAUGUUCUAGAGACAGCCAACGGUACAGCUGCUCUUGCGAUUGUGAAUCUCUAAGAUGUCGCCAUCAGUUUAGGGAGCCACGCAGGUCGAGAGCCAAUGAAGAGUUGCUUGAUGCGCUGAGUGAAGUUUGCUCUGAGCUAGAAAGUCGUUUGUAUGAUGAACUUCCGCGUGGUGGAAAAACACAAGCAUUUCGAGGUGUGCCGCGUACCAACUUGGCCAGUUACCUAUCACCAGACACACUAACGUUGUUGGAAAAUGAGCACUAUGCUCCCAGAUCACGAGGUUAUAAUUACGAUCGUGACCGUGGUUAUAAUCCAAGACUUCCACCUAGACCCCCAAGAAGGCAUGCUGCAGACGGAGAAAUUGAAAAUGCCAUGUGCCAUUGUUCACCUGCGAAACAGCCAAACGUUGCACCAACGCCCGCGCCUACGAAUAACCAGUCCCCAGUAUUUUACCCUGUUCCACAACCAGUACCCGUUCCCACUGUAACUGUUCAAUCCGCACCCCCAAAUCAAGUUUGGUAUCCAACACCGGCUCCCGCUGCAAAUGUUUUCGUACGUCCAAGCCCACCAUCUUUGAUAAAUGCCCAGCAUAUAACGCCAGCUCCCACUGCAGGUACCCCAUUCAUGAUACCAAACGUUACAACUCCCCUGGUGCAGUCUAGCAUGUUGUUUCCCAGCUUCGCUUAUUGUCAGCGCUUAUAAGUUGAUUUUUCAGCAUUGUCACUCUUCGGUUGAAAACGAUUCCAACAUCAUGUGUUACAGCCCACUGGUUUGUGAAAUAUCAAAAAGGAGUUAAGUUGAUAUGUCAUACAGCUUUAUUUUAAAUCGCCAGGUCUCAAUUUUUGUGCAAGUAUACAAGCAAACUUUCGGAGUUCCAUUGGGCUCAUUACGUUAUGCAAACUAAAGCCGUGAUUUCUCUAAUGUUUCGAAAUCAAGUACUGCAUUUUCCGUUCUUUGAAGGUGUACAAGUAGCAACGAAAUAAUUAUGUUGGCAU